AUAGUGAAAUAAAUUUGGUUAGAAUAUUACGCACCCACAGAUUCUCCAUUAAGUUUCAACUCCGAUGAAAGCCAUCAUCUAUCCGCAAUUUCCAUUUUUCGCCCAAAUGCUCAAAUCCGAAACCCCAUCCCACCCAAUCAUUGUCUCUCUGUGUUGAAUUGCUCCGGCGCCGGUAUUAAUUUCUCUUUUCCCCGGCGACUGAUCACUUAUGGUUUCGCCGGAGAACACGAAUUGGCUGUACGAUUACGGGUUUGAAGAUAACCCUGUUCCCGAUGUCAAUUUUUCUGCUCCGAGUGCUGGAUUCUCUUGGCCCAUGCAAACUUUGAAUGGAUCAUCGAAUGUCAGUUUGCAAAUUGAUGGAUCAUCUGGGGAAUCGGACAUGCAGAAAGAAGCUGGCUCCAAAAAGCGUACUAGAACUGAAGCAUGUGCUCCAUCAAGCUCUAAAGCAUGCAGGGAGAAACAGCGGAGGGAUAAGCUAAAUGACAAAUUUAUGGAAUUGGGUGCUCUGCUUGAGCCCGGUAGGCCUCCGAAAACAGAUAAGGCUGCUAUUUUGGUCGAUGCUGUUCGUAUGGUAACUCAGCUAAGAAGUGAUGCUCAGAAGCUCAAGGACUCAAAUUUGAAUCUCCAGGAAAAGAUUAAAGAGCUGAAGGCUGAGAAGACUGAGCUUCGUGAUGAGAAGCAAAGAUUGAAGGCUGAGAAAGAUAAGCUUGAGCAACAGCUAAAGACAAUGAACACCCCUCAGCCUGGAUUUUUACCAGCUCCUCCUGCCAUUCCGACUGCAUUUGCUGCUCAAAAUCAGGCCGUGGGCAACAAAAUGGUGCCUAUUAUCAGCUACCCAGGUGUUGCCAUGUGGCAGUUCAUGCCUCCUGCUUCCAUUGAUACAUCUCAGGACCAUGUACUGCGCCCACCGGUUGCCUAAGUCGGCAGCUGAAUCCUGUAGUGGUGGUUCUCUUUGUGGUCUAGUUGUUACGUAAUUUUUGAGUGUUUUUUACUGUAUUAGUUUUUGGUCGACUGUCUUAUUUGGGUCUGGUGAAUUAUGGAGAUCAGUUUGUGAUUGUUGAACUUUUAACUUGUAUCCGAUGAACCAUGAUGAUCAAUUAUGAUUGUUGAACUUUAAUCCAGUUUAACUUUAUUCUAA